GUUGCAGCAGAGAGCGUCGCGUCACGCCACUUCGGUUUAGUUCGGUGUCCAGUGCAGUUGGCGCUUGCAGAACUUGGUGGUCAUUUUAGGCUACACUUGGUUUGCUUUGAUUAUAUAGUGCAGUUAGUGCUUGUUAUCGUUCGAACCACAGGAAAAAAGAUGUCCCAUUUCCACCUACAACUGUUCGCGACUCGGUUGAACGAGAUAACCGAAGAUUACCUCCAGCGGGUCAACUGGAUCUACCAGGGGGUGGUGCCACAGAUUGGACGCCUACUGGAGGCGAUCGAUUCCACCUGCUCGAAGCAACAGGUUUCGAGCCCGCAAUCGUUGGCGUUUGGAGAUGUCCACUCUCUGAGGGACAUUUUGCGAUUUUUCAAACCGAUUCAGUGCUGUGAGAAAAGCCUGUUGAACAGCGAUACGCUGAUCAAGCAUUUGAUGCAGCAUGGCACCGACGGACGGGAAGAACUCGACAGCGGCACAAAGAGCUCGGCCAUUUUCUUCAACCUGUUCGUGCAGCUUGCAACAGGCGUACUUGUACGCUACGACAACAACUACGAUCAGAUAGAACAAUACACCGUUCAGCUCCUGCGCAAGGCCGCCGCCUAUCUGGACUGCAUUCAACUGAAACCAAUGCGAGUGGAUGGGUCCGCUGCGGUCACCUUCACCGAAAAUGUCACCUUUGCCAAGUGGAAGUACGUGUUCGAUUACACGUGCACCAUCUGUACCAAGCGGGGAAUCGACAACUGCCGCUAUGAAGGGGCCAUUGCAUGGUAUAUGAUCCACCUGAAUACGAUGGUUUCCAAUCCGAUUCGCCAUUUGGGAAGCAAGAAGCAUGCGACAAGUCUCCGCGACUGCUUGGGAGAUAGAAUUGUGGCGGAGAUCCGUCCGGCUGUUCGACAGGCUCCUGCCAACUCGCAACUCUCGACGACAGCUGCCCAAUAUCUCAAGGAGGUUCGCGAAAUCGAGCUCGAUAAGCUCUGCACCAUCGGUACAGCAGUUCAACGGAAUACACCGUACGAAGCCGUAUACGACUAUCUCAAUGCAAAGCUUGGAACUAUGCUGCGAGAGAGCACCAUCGUACCGUUUGGGUCUCGUGUGACCGGGCUGGCCAAUCAAGACUCCGAUCUUGAUCUUUCGAUCAAAGUAGGACAGGGCAUGCAACCUAAAACGGUGUAUCAUAAGAUUCUUGCAUGGGCUGGCAAGAACGAGAACAAGCCAGAAGUAACCGUUGAACGUCAGAUACCCCAAGGACCUAUGGUUCUUCGAUUGAAGAUUCGCUCUCUCCAAUUGACAAUUGAUCUUACGCUCAACAGUCCGUACGUCGUUGGCAAUGCAAAAAUUGUCGAUUACUUCUUCCGGCUUCAACCAAUGGCUCGAAAGCUCUUCUUCCUGCUCAAGGAAUGGAUGAAGAGAACCGAUAUCGGUGAUAGCUUCCACCAUAAUGUCCUGAUCUCCCUGAUCGUAUUCUACAUGCAAACGGAGCAAUGUCUUCCACCGGUCUUUCCGCUGAUCAACGGUCCCGAAAAGAUCAACGGACUCUACAACACCAACUUCGUAGAGCGCAUCACCCUCUACGCGGAACCCAUUGAUUUUCUAACUCUGGUGAAGGAUUUCUUCGCCUACUGGGCUCGGUUCGAUUGGGUCCGGACCGGGGCAUCGGUCAAGGAGGCUACGGUCAAACCCAAGGGUGCCUUCUGUAACAGAGCCAACCAUCAGCAACCGAUGGUGGUGACCGACUACUUUGAUCCGACUCGCAACGUUGCCGGCAAUGUGCGGAAGGAAGAUUGCGAGAAAUUUGCGCGGGCCUGCAAGGAGGCUGUGGGCGUUCUGAAAGCGAAGCGGGCCUUCUGAAUCGGCGAGGGACGCUGUCUGUUGCUAUUCCGACAAAGAGGAAUAGAAAUCAUCUGAAUUCUUGAAAUAUACUUGCAUUGAACUUGUAUUGACAAUAUUAUGAACAUAAAUAAAAAAAAAUUUCCACAAACUU